AUGACUUCAAACAACACACUUCGCUUUGGUGUUUUAGGCAUCGGUAGAAUGGGAAUGAGACAUGCCUUAAAUGUAGUGAACGAACCCCGCGCUGAAUUAGUUGCAGUGGCAGACCCACGCAAGGAAGUCCUCGAAGCAUCUAGAGGCAUUUUGGGUGAGAAUGUCAAGCGUUUCACUUACGAAGAAGACAUCCUCAAUGAUCCAACUAUUCAAGCUAUCUUGGUUGCUAGUGACACAACCCAGCACCCGUUCCUUGCGAUGAAGGCCAUCAAAGCAGGGAAACAUUUGCUGCUUGAGAAGCCUAUCGCUGUUAACGUCGAUGAUGCACUUCCAGUUGUCUUGGAAGCGAAGAAGCGUCCAGACCUCAAGGUUCUCGUGGGAAUGUCUCGUCGUUUUGACGAAAGCUACAGAGAGGCGUUUAACAGGGUUAAGGGUGGUGAGCUUGGUGAUGUGUUUCACUACUAUGGCGUCACUAAUGACCAGUACAACGCUGAGAUUGCUGACUUCUUUGUCGGAUAUUCCAAGGCUAGCGGAUCUAUCCUUGUCGACUGUGGGAUUCACGAUGUUGACUUGAUGAGGUGGUACAUGGGACCAAAUGAGAAGGUUAAGAAGGUUCAUGCGGCUGGCUAUAACGCGCGCAUGCACAGGCUGGUUGAAUCCAGGGAUGCUGAUAACGCAGUGGCUACUAUAGUGUUCGAAAGUGGAAAGCUUGCCAACUUAUAUCUCUCAAGAACUGCAAUACACGGACACGAAUGCUGGGCGCAGGUGACUGGUGAAAACGGAAUGAUCAAAGUGAACAUGGAUAAUGCGAUGAACCGUGUUACCCUCGCAGACAAUCAAGGUUACCGCACCCUCACCACUCAAGACUACUACGACAGAUUUAGAGGCGCGUUCUCGAACGAGAUGAGGGAAUUCACCAGCGCUGUGCUCGACAAUACCCCUCUCCCACUCGACAUCGACGACGCUUACAUCGCAAGCAAGAUUUGCGUAGGUCUUCAAAUGGCCUUUAGAUCGGGCGAACAGAUCUACUUUGACGCAGAUCAGUCACCUCUGCCACCAAAGGGUAUCGCAGCUUCAAGUCUUUAG